GAAGGCGCGGAGAAGCGGGUGCCGGCUUUGAAGCCGAUGAAGGGGUUUCGCUACUCGGACCCGUUUGGUAGUGAAUCGGGGCAUCCCGUCUGAGCAUCCCGUCGCGCAAAGAUUAGAGUUAAUCAUUUACGAAGCAAAGAAGAAAGAACCGGAGCUCGCGAGCGUGUUGUUAUUAUUCCCGCCGCCGCUCGAUGUGUGUCUGCGAAACGGGCCCGGUCUGAUAAGCCGACACCGUGGACUGUGGGUGCACUGGCCGGCGCUCGAAGCAGGCCAGUCUCUUCCAGCCCGUUCGCGUGUGUAGAUGCAAUCAAAGUGUCGUCCGCCAGCGGUACGAUGGUGACGGUCGCGUUGGAAAGUAGUGUUGUUACCGCUGCCGGUUUGGCGGCACUGUUGCUAACGCUGGCGGCGGUGAUCGGUGCGAGCGGGAGUCCGCUCGAAUCGCAAUGCCCCCGGCCGGCCGCGACCGGCAGCCCCCCGUCCGGCUGGCAACCGCGAACGCCCGAGCAAACGCUGUACGCGUACGUGCGCUGCCUGAACGACUCGUCCGCCAGCAUCGAGAUGAAGAUCCGCUGGGUCAUGUGGCAGCCGGACCAGUCGCCCGAGAGCCAGUGCUACGUGAAGUGUGUCAGCGAGGAUCUGCGGCUGUACGAUCCGGCCCGGCGGCAGUUUGUGCCGGAGCGGUUCGAGCAGCAGGCCCGCGCGUUCCACGAGGACCCCGAGGCGGACGACAUCCGGACGCUGUACACGGACGCGCAGCGGCUGCUGGCGGGCGAGCUGCCCGACAGCGACUGCUCGACCGUGUUCGCCAAGUACGCACCGUUCUACGCGGUGCACCAGGAGCACAUACUGGACAUCUUCCAUGGCGAUCUGCGCAAAAUCUUGGUCACGUACCAGCGGCUCGGGCCGCGCGUCAAACAGAUCGGCCAAAGCUUCGUCGACUACUGCGAGAAGCGGUACGGGUUUGCGUGGGCCGAGGAGGAGCAGCGGCCCUGCCCGAAUCAGACCGCGGUGGAGUGUAUCCUGCGCGGGUUCCGUUGGAUCACCGAGGAGGGCAAUGUGAAUGUCGCUGAGAUUGUGCGCGAUUUCGAAGGGUUCGGUGUGGAGGCGAGCGAACUGAAGCAGUGCCAGGGAGCGGACGAUCUGUACUGGUGUUUGCGCUCCCUCAAUGCCGACAAGCUGGCGGCAGUUAUACGGCAGCGCGAUGCCCAGACGGCGUACUACUUUGACCAGUCGUCGACCGACGAACCGUGGAAGUCGGCCGUCGAUUUUGGCAAUGCACGCCUUAAUCGUGCUUGAAUGCGUACGUCCAGCCAAUCUCGAGGAGAACAUGCUGAAAGUUCUUUGUAACGGUUGAGAGAGUGUCGUUGUAACAUUAACAUUAAUAGAAACAAUAAAACAAAACUAAGAGAUUACUGUGAAA